UAGAAAAUUAACCCUUUCGAGCCGAGUAUCUUUUAUCGGAAUUUUAUUCUUCUUUUUUUAAGUGCCUAAGUAAAAAUUAUCUUGCACAUUGCUAUGUUGUUUAUUGUCGAUAGUUUCCAAUCAAAAAUAGUAACAUAUAACUUGUGGCCUGUCAGGAUCGAAAGAGUUAAAUGAUCUUCUGGAUUAUUGAAUAUACUUGCAAAGUAGAAUUAUUUAAUUUUGGAACACCUUGUAUAUUAUUAAUUGUUUUUCAAACUCUGCAAACUUUAUCCAAUGAUUAGCUUUUCGAUAAUUAUAACUUGUUCAAAGCUUAACUAAGUACAUUAUGUGCUUUGAAAAUUCUUUUUCUACGAAUUGAACAAUAGUUCUCCGCUUGAAAUUUUCCCCUGGAUAGCCGUUUUAUCUUUCGAGAUCGGUUUCAUGCGGUUAGGUGUCAUUGGAGAAAUAUUCUUUCCCUCUCAAAACACCUCAUGGUUGUUUUUAGAUAAAAGAAUUCAAUUCUACUUAUUUUACGUUUAUCGGAUCUCAAAUCAGCAAACUUAUGUUCCGUUUUUUCCACACUAAAUGCUCAAACAGUACUUAUUAUUAAUUUGCACCAUUAUAAUUGUACUCUUUACUGGAAAUACUUACAAAAUAAAAAAAAGUUAGUAUCAUUACUUUUGUGACAGACCGCAAGUUCCUUGAAUCAUAGAAUUCCAUUUAACACAAUAACUGUCAUAAUAGAAAUAUCCAAUGAUCCACACUGUAAUAUUAAUUAUUAGGAAUUCUAAGAAUUUAUUAUUAUUAUUUUUUAUUAAUCGAUAAUCCGAGAUUAUUAUUUUUCAAUAAUGGACCUACUAUUACAAUUUUUACAAUAUUUAAAAUAUUAUCCUUUUCCUAUCGUUUAAAUUUGGUUUUCAAGUUCACAUGCACCAGUAUUGAUUAUUAUUGGCGUCACUGCAUUAUCAGUGUGUAAUUAUCGUAUGAUACAACACGAUAAGUUAUUUCGAUUGGACGACACUGCAUGGAACAUGUUAGCACAAAAUGAUAUGUUAUAUUAAAUUAUAUAGUCUAAUAUCUUUCAGAAAGGACAGCAUUUUUUUACACAAUUUUUCUAAAAAACUUGUCUUUUUUCUACAAUUUGGAAUUAUUUAAUUGAAAGUCAAUUGAAAUCACCUGACAGGCACAUUAAGAUCAAUCUAGUACGUGGAAAAUUGUACUGAGUUGUUCCUUCUCACGUGGUGAUUUUCCAUGAAAGGAAAAGAUUACACAUAUACAAUUAUGCUUACACGUGACUCGGAAUUGCUGCGAUUACAGUUGGCAAUCAAAUACGAGUUUGUUCGUUUCAUUUUAUUUUCGAAUUUUAUAUUGAUUCAUUAGGUAACGAAACAACGAACAGUUUACAUGCAUUUACAUAAAUUAAAAUAAAGAAUGGACAAAAGUAACAAUGAAAGCAAGAACGAAAAGCACUUUUUUUAUUAACACGUUGACAGUUGUAUAUUUUAUAAAAUUAGCAAUUCUUGUAAUAUUAUCAUAAUAUUUAAAUCAUCAAAUACUUAAAUGUCAUGCAGACUCCAAUGCAGCAGAAUCCUCAGAUACGAAAAAAAUUGUUUUCUACAUAGCUAUUUAUAUUCCUCCUUAAAAUUUCAUCUAUUUUUGUAGCUUCCAUCAGUUACCUGACAUUUUGGAGACUAAUUAGAAACAAGAAACAAGAAACAAGAAAGGCUAUUAAACGAACAAAUUGUUGGCUGUGUACGAAUAUACACAUUUAUUAACCGACUUCGAAAAAGGAGGAAGUUAUUCAAUUCGAUCAGUAUAUAUAUAUUUUUUUUUUUUUUUAAUUAAUCAUCGUGUAAUUUUCGUUGACAGAAAUAACAAGUUUUUAAUUGAAACAACAAUUUUCUGACAAGUAUGAAAAAUAUUUAUUUAAAAUAAUAUUGCAAUUCAUUAAUCACUCAUUUCGUUUUUCCAUACCUAACGCAUUCAUAUCUUUUCAUAUAUUUACAUGUUACACACGUAUACUGUUUUUACUAGUGCAAAAAAUUACUUCAUAGUAUACAGUGAUCUAUUGGAAAAUCGAACGUUAAGGUCUAUUCUAUUCUAAUUAAUGUAAUAGCAAUUUUAAUAUUGUCCCAAUAUUGAAUAUCCCGGAAGAGGUAGAACGUAACACGUAUUUUUCCAUGGACAGGCAGAACAAAGCGAAGCUAACGAGGACCGAAUCGGUCGGACGUAGAAUGACAGUAGUUCGCCAGUCAUAAUCGAACCGAGAAGUGAGGGAAAUCGCGGAGCCGGUCUACCGCGAGUACGUAUCGAAUGAUUAAGCAGUGAAUGAAGAGGCGGUGAUCAAUCUAUACCGCGCGAUAUGUGAUAAUCAGCCACGAUCGCGAGAUUCUGGCCUUUCAACCGCGACACUUAACGAAUUCUUAAACAGAGUAUUCGUUGAACUCGUUCAUAUGCAGGUGAACAGUGUGAAUAAAAGAUAAUGAAUUCAGGUGAAAUUAAAAAAAAAGCACCCGAUGGUGGAUGGGGAUGGUUCGUUUGCCUUGGUAGCAGCUUGAUCACGCUCUCUUUAAGAUCGCUGGAUCCUUCUUUCGGUCUUCUUUUCCACGAUCCUUUGGAAGAACUUGAAAUAGACUCGACAGGAACAUCAUUAAUAAUGAGCAUUCUCGAUGCUAUCGUUAAUUUCUCAGGCCUUUUGAUAGGACCAUUGUUGAAGAAAUAUUCUUACAGAAAGGUGGCCUUUUUUGGAUCUCUGUUAAGUUCCACUGGACUGAUACUUACGUCAAAUGCUAACAGUAUGAUUCAUAUCAUAUGCACUUACAGUGUUAUAGGAGGUUUAGGAACUGGAUUAGCAAUCGCGUCAGCUUUCGUUGCAUUAAAUACAUUUUUUGAUAAAAAGAGGGGACAAGCCGUUGGUUUUUCUAUGGCAGGUACAACUCUGGCCAUGAUGUUAAUACCACAGAUGAUACACGUCCUUUUGGCUUCUUAUGGAUUUCGUGGAGCAAUGUUGAUCGUUGGAGGAUGGACAUUACAUGCCGCUGUUGGUGCUUGUUUGCUUCGUCCCCUUGAAAUCAGAGAUACCAAAGAGAUUAAAAAGGAAAUAGAUCCCCCGGAAAGUGAAACAUUAUUAAAGAACAAUGGAGACGUUACAGCGAAAAAAGUCAAAAAUGGUGCAGAAGUUCCAAGAUACGACGUUGUAAAGAAUGAAACAAACAAGGAGAGGGAUGAUAAAGGGAAUUAUUUUAAAAAGAUAAAGGAGAACUUUGACUUGGAUUUACUUAAAGACGGUGUUUAUCUCAAUGUUGUUAUUGGUUUGAGUUUGUAUUAUGUAGCUGAAUCAAAUUUCAAAUUGAUGACUCCAUUUUUUCUAGCCAGCAUAGGAAUGACCAAUGGAGAAAUAGCUUCCUGCUUAUCGAUAACUGCAUUCACUGAUAUUCUUGCCAGACUUCUGCUACCGACAAUUUUCGAGAAAUUAGGUUUCAAGAACAGGACAGUGUUCUGGGUGUUUUGUGUUCUCGUUGGAAUCGGACGAUCUAUUAUGGCAGAGCAAUCCAAAGGAAUAACCUUGAUAAUAAUGUUUGUGGUAAUAGGAUUCUUACGAGGAGCCACUUUGGUAAAUUUAAAUCUCAGCGUCUCCGAAUGUUGUUCCUUGAAGAAGUUACCUAGUGCUUUUGGAAUGUUUAUGGUGUUAAAAGGUUUAUUCGUCGUAAUAAUGAGUCCUAUAAUUGGUUACAUUAGAGACGUAAGCGAUAGUUAUACAGUUUGUAUACACGUUAUGACGUUAAUAAUAAUGAUUACAUUUGUCACGUGGAGUUUCGAAUUUACGUAUAGAGCUCUGAGAAAAAAAAAUCUGUUCCAGUUGGCGAUACUUCCGAUCCAGCAAUGCUUCGGUCUCAUCUUCAGUGAACGCUUCUAUUCCCUCGGUAUCACCGCCACACAAACAUCCGUAAUCUUUCAUUUAAAUGGAACGAUUACAUGUAGCCUGGGCCUGAUAAGUGGUCCUAUGAUGAAGAAAUUUUCGUUUCGGAAAGUAGCAUUAUUCGGGGGCUUAACUGUUGCCGUUGGUAUCGGUAUAACUGCGUUUGCUGUCUCUGUUCCUGCCAUUAUCAUCUCUUAUUGUAUUAUCGUCGGUGUGGGUCAUGGAAUCAUGUUUCCAGCUACCAGUUUAGCUAUGAACACGUAUUUUCGAAAGAAACGUAACAUGGCUAUGGGAUUUUCAGUAACGUUAACUGGUCUGGGGCCUAUUCUAAUGCCUCUUCUAAUAGCAAAAUUAUUAGAACAUUACGCAACUUCUGGAACUCUGUUGAUCCUUGCUGGAAUAGCGACACACUCGUUCAUUGGAGCAUCGUUAUUGAAGCCAUUCCAUGAGAAAGAAAUUAGAAGUAUAACAAAGGGCAAUGACAUCACGGCAUCUUCCGCAGAAUGCAACGGCAGCAGUGCGGCUAAAGGAUCCGAAGAUUUGAAACCUGAAACUGAAACAGACAGCAAAAAUGGAAAUGUUAAUUGUCGUUUGUUGAACGAAGAUCCAGAAGAGGAAACGCAAAAGUGUAAAGAACGUUCGUUGAAAACUUUAAACAACGAUAGUGGGAAAAAAGAAAGGAGGUCGAUUCUGUCUAAAAUUUCUGAACAUUUGGAUCUCGAUCUUCUGAAAGAUAGCCGUUAUGUCGCUGUGAUAUUAGGUAUGGGAAUAUCUUUAGUUGCGGAAACCAACUUCAACGCCAUGAUUCCAUUUGUCCUUAUGGAACUUUCCGGGCUGGAUAGGACCUCUGUCGCGACCGUGAUGUCAAUUCAAGCGAUUUCCGAUAUUACCGGACGACUUUGCGUUCCGCUUUUGGCACAGAAAAUCGGCUGGACGUCCAGGAACCUUUACGUAGUAUCAUUGAUAGGAUCUACCCUUGGAAGGACCAUACUAUCAACCUGGGGCGAUAACUACAUCGUGGUAGUAGGAGUUGCUCUAAUUAUUGGAGUUGCAAAAGGAACGAAAGCUGUCUUCCAAGCUUUGAUCAUUCCUGAUUACGUGCCGCUAGAAAGAUUGCCAUCUGCAUCUGGAAUGCAAAUGGUUUGCAACGGUAUUCUAUCUAUCGCCGUAGGUCCAAUCAUAGGAUUGGUACAUGACUCAAUGAUGAGUUACGUAGGUGCUCUCCACUUCACUUCGGUUUUAAGUCUUUCCUGCGUUAUCUUGUGGUACAUAGGAGGACUUUGGAGGUUUAAUAAGAGCUCAAGGAAUCUUAAUGGAAAAAAUGAAACGGUGCAGGUGCAAACAGAAGAUGAGAUUAAUGUAUAAAUAAUUAAUUAUAAGAUUUGACUGAAUGUAAGUAGAAUUUUCGUUUAAAAUAAGAAUGUUGAACUUUCAAAAGAGUAUCGAUUAUAUACAACAUAAAACCAAAUAAGGAAUAUUUCUUAAGAAUUUUGUAAUUCUUUUUAUUAUUCGCAAAGUAUUGCAUUGUAAUAUAACAUUGCAUUAACUAUUAGCUAUCAAUAAGAUAUAACAUAUAGGAAUUUGUAAUAUCUUGAAAUUUAAACUAAAACAAA